AUGCUGCGUAAUGUUUCGGCCAGAUUUUUGACUGCGUCGGUUUUAGUUCACCGUGACGUGAGAACUACGCCUUCAGUUCGGGCAGCUUUAUCCGCUUUUAAUUCGGUGAGGAACUACACGGAUGAGAAGGACGAAGCGCUGCAGGCUUUUGACACCUCCCUGCUCAAAUUCUUAGUAUGUCCACUGUCCAAGAAGCCACUAAGGUUUGAAGCAAAGACUAAUGAGCUGAUCAACGACGAGCUCGGCAUCGCUUACUCCAUCAGCGACGGAAUCCCCAACAUGAUACCCCAGGAGGCCAGACUCAUAAAGAAAGAAUCAAACUCACCUGCACAAGAAUAG